UCGCGAGACCAACCGAUGCUAACGGCUAAACAUCUCACCGUUAAACAUCUCACUAUCAAAUUCAGCGUAGGUUUAACGUGUAAAUAAACACACCGACCACAUUUGUGCGUAUUUACGUCACAUUUUGCGUUGUUUGGUUAAGCGUCAGUGCUGAGAGGCUUGUAAUAACUGUUUACAAGCUGUUGUUUUGUUUAGCUGAACGUGUAUGUCAUUAGCAGCAGCUUAUUUCAGGGUUUUGUCAAUUGUUACGUUACUUGUGCUACAGAAAUAGCAGUCGGGCAAGAAACACAAGUGCACUUAUAUCUUCAGAAAGUAGGACUGUGUCUUAGAACCUAGCAAGCUGCCUACAUACUUCACGCUCGAGACAGUUUAAUCCAGUCCAUGACUGAUCAUGUCUGGGGUGAAAAGGAAAAUAGAAGACAAAGAUCCAGACUAUGAAGACAUCACUCAAGUGCAGGAGAACAAGAGGAGUAGAGUGGUGGAACAGAAUGCACGUGAUGCUGCGGUGCAGAAGAUUGACGCCAUUAUCAAAGAUCAGUUUUCUCUUGAGAUGAAGAGUAAAGAGCAUGAGAUCGAGGUCAUCGGGCAGAGGCUGAAUGAAGCUAGAAGAAUGAUGGACAAGCUCAGAGCCUGCAUUGUUGCAAACUACUAUGCCAGUGCUGGACAGCCUAAAGUUCUCCCUGAGGCCUCUAAGAGUGACCCAUCAGUGUUGAACCACCCUGCAAUAAAGCGCUUUUUGGAUUCCCCCUCCCGCUCCUCAUCUCCACUAAACCAGAACUCAGACACGCCGUCACAGGUCCAGUCUGAGACAGAGUCCCUCAGCCAGCAAGGGGAGGCCUGCGAGAGGGAGACAGACAGCGGGAGAGAGGACAGCACUCCACGCGAACGACGCCCAGGCAGGAACACAGGAAAAGACACAUUUGGUGUGCCAUCAUCUAUAGAGCAGCAUGUGACUUACCACACUACAGGAGAUGAUGCUUCUCGACUCUACAUGAAGAAAACCAUUGUUGUGGGAAACGUAUCCAAGUAUAUUGCCCCUGAUAAACGUGAGGAGAAUGAUCAGUCCACUCAUAAGUGGAUGGUGUAUGUCCGAGGUUCUCGCAAAGAGCCCAGUAUCGAUCAUUUUGUGAAGAAGGUCUGGUUUUUCCUGCACCCCAGCUACAAGCCCAAUGACCUUGUGGAAGUCAGUGAGCCACCGUUCCACCUGACCCGUCGAGGGUGGGGAGAGUUUCCUGUUCGCGUGCAGAUCCACUUUAAAGAUCAACGGAACAAACGUAUCGACAUCAUCCACCACUUAAAGCUUGACCGAACAUACACAGGUUUGCAGACUUUGGGAGCUGAAACGGUGGUGGAUGUUGAGCUCUACAGGAACUCACUGGGCGAUGACUUCCUCCCCUCUGCUCCUUCAUCUUCAUCAUCAUCAUCCUCUCAUCCAGCUUUCGUAGGCGGAUCUGGCUCCUCCUCAACUGUACAGGGCUCUCGGAGAAACUCCUCUCCCUCUCGUCAUGCUCAUGAUGAUCAACACAGCUCAGAAAGAGGUGUCACUGUCAAAAGUGAAUCAGUGCGUCCUUCAUGUUCGGAACAAACUUCACAGUCAAACAGGUCUGAGAAUAUCACACUUGGUUCCCACGGAAACUCUGCAUUUCAGCCAAUCACAUCCAGCUGUAAGAUCAUUCCACAGGGGCAAGUGCCCAGCGCUGCCGAGUCACCUGGGAAAUCAUCAUUCCAGCCGAUCACGAUGAGCUGCAAGAUCGUGUCUGGCUCUCCGAUCUCCACUCCUAGUCACUCUCCUCUUCCCAGGACAUCAUCAUCCACACCGGUGCACAUGAAGUCCAGCCCGUCGGUCAUAAAUAAUCCAUACAUAAUAGUGGACAAACCAGGACAAGUCAUUAAUAUGGCUGCGUCUUCAUCUGCAGCUACAGGCAGUCCAGCCAAGCAUAGCAGCACAGCCCAUGGUGCUCGAUCACCUGCUCCUAAAGUUCACACCAGCAGCUUCCUGUCCUCUGGCGUCAAGGUUAUAAUCAAGCAAGAGCCAGGGGAGGUGCCCACCCAACCGUUGCCACAGCAACAGGUGGUCCCCACGUCAGCAUCCCAGCAACAACAGCAGUAUGUCACGGUGAAGGGCGGUCACAUGAUUGCCAUGUCGCCCCAGAAACAAAGUGGGGGAGGGACCGGAGGAGGUGCCACGCCCAGCAAGGUUUUGGGGAUUCCUCUGGGCUCUGCCGUCAAACAGGUUUCAAUGAGCAGCGGGCAGAUCUUGGUGGCCAAAUCCAGCCCUUCUGUGUCCAAGGUGGUGGGCCAAAAGCAAGUGGUAGCACAGGGUGUCGCUAAAGCAAUCGUCAGUGCAGGCAGCAGCGGGACAAGCGGUGUCGUAGGACAGCAAGUGCACGUUGGUACCAAAGCAGCAAGUGGAUCUGGAGGAAGUGGCAAGAGUGGAGUUAUGGCCACCCUACAGCUGCCAGCAAAUAAUUUGGCAAACCUAGCCAAUCUGCCCCCGGGCACCAAACUGUACCUAACCACCAACAGCAAGAACCCUUCGGGCAAAGGCAAACUGCUUCUUAUCCCUCAGGGAGCCAUUCUGAGGGCCUCACACAGUGCAGGUCAACAGUCUCAGAGUUCUGGUUCUGGAGGGUCGCAUUCCUCCAGUGGGUCCUCAGGGUCUGGCAACCUGCCUUCCAAUUUAUCCUACACUUCUUACAUCCUCAAACAGACUCCACAGGGAACGUUUUUGGUUGGCCAGCCAGGGGGCUCUGGGAAACAGAGCUCUAGCGGUCAUGUGGCAUCGAGUCCUGCUUCCAGUACCCAGCAGGCCAUUCGGGUCACAGCGGGACAGAAGGCAGCCAUUUUGGCUCAGGUUUGUAACAAAGUGGUGGGUGGCUCUCAAGGCUCUCAGGUGAAGCUGUCAGAUGGCUCAGUGAAGAUGGUAACAGCUGCCGCAGCAAGUCACCUAAAUAAACCAGGCACGACCACCCUGAGAAUGACAGGAGGUGUCAUCACUGCCACUAGCUCCACCCCUACAACACCCAGUGCCACACCCACCUCUCAACAGUCAGCUGAAGCCACUGGAGGAUCCUCCACUCAGCUGCUACCUCAGACGGCUAAAGCACCACUGCAUCACCCUGUACUUGUAGCUGCCAAUCAAGCUGCUGUGAUCAGUGCGGCCAAGAAUGCCAGCUCUGCCGCCAACACAAAGACUGCCUCUGGUGCUAGUGCCGUAGUUACAGUUGCCAAGAGCGUCAACAUGCCCCUCAUCAGCCUGUCAAAGGGGGCGGGGCCAUCUGCAGUGAGUGGGGCCAAAAGCUCCAGUCCCUCAUUAGUAACUGCAGCGUCACUGAUUGGAGGAGGAACGGUUAGCGGGAAAACUGCUGCCACCAUCUCAGGUAUGUUGAAGUUGCACCCAGCUCAGUCCAGUUCCCAGCAGACAGUUCUCACCAUCCCGGCCAAUCAGCUUAAGCAGCUCAGUGUGGGCGGUGGCUCUUCAGGGCUGCAGACCAUUUUGAUGCCUGUUGGCAAAGUAGUGCAGUCUGGUUCUAAAGGUACAUCUAGCAACAACUCCACCCCAAGUGGAGCUGCUUCCUCAGCAUCCACACCUGUAGCUCAAGUUAAAACUGAACCUGGUUUGGUGAGCUCCACUUGUACGACUCCUGUACUCCAAACAUCUGCCCCGACCUCUGCAGCACCCGCCUCUGCACCCCUGCCAACAGCCCCCACAUCCACAGAUGCAGCUGCUACUGUCAAAGUAGAACAGGGCUUGGAAUCUACAGCACAUGAACUCAUUAACACGGAGCAUAUAGAAAACAUGACGCAACUUCUGACAGCUAUAGUGAAGAAAUUUCCUUUGAUUGUCCCAGAGAAAAAUGAGGACUCUCAUCCUUUCUGUGCCACAUCUGUGGAUCAGUAUUACUCCUGGAACAUUGGCAAACGCAGAGCUGCAGAGUUGCAGCGAGCGGUGGCUGUACGGCGUGUGUGUGCAGACCUGUUAGAGAGAACCCCUCGGCUUCAGGCCCUCACUCCAGCGAGAACUAAAGAGGUACUGCACUGGUGCCGUCUCCGAGGAUACACACCUCCUGACCCAGAACCCCAGCGCACGGAGGAGGACUCCAUCGAGGACAUACUCACACAGAUCGACAGCGAACCAGAGUGCAGCUCGACUUUGACAGGCUGUGAAGAAAUUUCUCAACGUCUAGAGCAACUUCAGAGGAUCCUGAAAGCGGAGCCCGAUGAGGAGGAUGAUGAACUUCUUGACAUCAUCAGUGUGAAGGAAUUAGAUGCCGGGAAGGUCAAAAUCAAACAGGAACAGGAAGAGGCUGAACAAGAGCCCAAAUUCUAUAUGGGUCGCUGUCCAUCGACCCAGCUCAUCAGAGACACGGCGGAGCAGAUUGGUGUCACGCUGCAGCAGGUGGAGGUGGAGAAGAACGUUUUUGCUCCUGUUGUGGAGAGCAUGAUUCUCAAGGCUGUAGAACUGUUUUCCAGUGAAAUCCUCAGGGAAUCAUUGGCUAAUGCCCAUGGGAAAUCCCAACAAAACAGAACUCCGAGAGAGGUAUCAGCUAUGGAUGUGCAUCAGGCCAUUAGCUCUAUUCCCACCUGUGAUUUUCUGACUAAUAGGUACAUGGGCAUCAUGGUGAAGGAUGAAGGCCAUGCUGAAUAGCUUCACUUCUUCUCCGCGUGAUCUGAUCACACAUGGACAGGUGGACCAUCACACGCUCACUCCUUCCUCUCACAUUCUAUAAAGGUGGAAAAUGUGACCAAUCACAGGCCCAUGUCCUAAUAGGAGUCAGACAUUGUCAUGACAAUGCCAAAAGCCCAGUUUAUAUUCUGAGGGUAUUAAAAUCAAGAGCAACAUCAAAAAACAAUAACACUGAAUGGUUGAUGCUCAGCCUGAACAGUAUUUGUUUUAUAUGCCUCUAUUUAUUCAUUUCAUUAAUUCUGUGAUAUUUAUAAACAAUGGUCCAGUUUAUAAAUCCAACUAUAGUACAGUGUUAUCUUUUUAAAGAAACACAAUUCAGGCCCCAGGUAUGUCAAUAAUGGUGAAUUUACAUUUAAAUUAUCUUACAGUAUCUUUUAAACUCUGCAAAUGAAACCGACACAUGAUUUUGCCAUUGAUGCAGAGCUGUUUAACCUCUCUUAGUCUUGAAGCGGGCAGUUCACCCCAAAAUGAAAAUUCUGUAAUCAUUUGCUCACCCUCUACUUGUUUCAAGCCUGUUUAGGGUUCUUACAUCUGGCAAACACAAAAGAAGAUAUUUUGAAGAAUGCUGGAAAGCAGCCAUUGACUAUAAUGGUAAUUUUUGUUCCUACUAUGGAUGUCAAUGGCUGCUGGCUUCUAACAUUUUCCACUGUAAAAAUUCUGGGUUCCACACAAUUGAUUUGUGUUAGAACAACAUGAAGGAAUUAAGUUAACUGAAUAGUUUUUACAAAUUUAAGUGGAUUGAACAUAAAACAAUUAAGUUGCUCCCCCUUAAAACUCAAGAAUUGUGCUCUUCGGCUGAUUUUAAAUAAGUAGUAUGAACAAACAACGAAUGUUUUUUUUUUUUGAGUGUAUCUUGUUUUGUGUUCAACAGAAGACACAUUCUGUUUAAAACCACUUGUCCCAUUAAGGAAUAGUUCACCCAGAAAAUGACUUUUCUAGAGUGAUUUACUCGCCGUUUUGUUGUUCCAAAUCUUCAAUUUUGGGUAUUUCUUUCUUUAAACAGAAGUACAGACAUUUAAUCAAUCAUUAAACAAGUUAAUGGAAGGUUACUUGGUUCAGUAACACCUUACAAUAAGAGUACUUAAAUAAGGAUGUAUUAAUACGUCAAAUAAACAUUAAUUUAUUAUGAAUUAAUGAUGAGUUAAGGCGCACACUAAUCAUGAACUAAUUUUAACUAAAACAUGAGUCACAAGAGUUCUUGCGUGAAUUACGGCUACCUUAAUUACUUGUUAGUACAUGUUGUUAAUUAAUGUAUUAAUUAACAUUUAAAUUUAAGCUAAAUGUUACCCCUAUGUACUCAUGAGCUGUUAAUGUAUAAUUAUGUCAUGACUUUACUUGGAGGGGCCGAUUGCCAUGAACUCAUCCUUAACUGCUCAUGGACCUCUGUGUUUAAACUGUUCAUGUUGAUGUUGACAGAACACGUUAGUUUAUUACCUGCCUAUUAUUAAGUUAUUAACUGUUCAUUGGUAGUUUUAGUUAAUGGUUUGUUAAUACGGUAAUUGUGACCCAAACUAAAGUGGUACCCGCUUUUCUAUUGUUAUUCAGUGUAAAUGCACUUGACGGACGUGCAUAAAGAGUUCAUGAGUAGUUAAGAAUGGCUUAAUGAUGAUGAGCCCCUCCAAGUAAAGUCAUGAUAUAAUUAUACAUUAACAGCUCAAGAGUUCUUGAUGGUUAAAUUAAGCAUAAACAAAUAUGGUAAUUAAUUAAUUAACAAUUAACAAACAUUCAUGUACUAACAUGUAGUUAAGGUAGCCGUUAUUCACAAAUGAACUCAUCUGACUCAUGCUGUAGUUAAAGUUAGUUCAUGAUUAGCGCAUGCAUGAACUCAUCAUUAGUUCAUAUUAAAGUAAUGUUUAGUUUACAUAUUAACACAUCCUUAUUCACGUACUGUUAUUGUGGUACUCUUGGUUCUAAAGUGUCUUUAUUGAGCAGUUUUUAUUUCUAUAAGUUGACCUCCUUAUUCAGCUCAUGUGAAAUCAUCACUGUUCAAUGUCUUUUAAUCUGCUCUUAAACGACCUAUGGCUCACGCGGUUCAUUGGGUAGAGAUCCAAUGUUCUUUUAAGUCACUUGUUGAAUGUCUAAGAAGAGUCUUAAUCAUGUUGUGUUCAUGUGAAUAUGAAUUCUUUGGGGUUUAUGAAGAACUGAACUUCAGUGUGGAAAUGUCAUUAGUAUUUUUUUGUAUCGUGUCUGUCAUUUGGUAACGUUGAGGAAGAUGUCUGUCCUCUCGUUUGGUGGGCUACAUUGUGUCAUCUGUUUCUGUGUGUGUGCUGGUGGAUAAAACGCAUCAAGAAAAUUGAUCUGGUGCGGAUGGAGGAGUGGGUUUAUUCAGUGUUAAAAUCAACUGAGCAGUCGUAACUUGUCAAACCGAACUCCUGAAUGUUUCUCCUUCAAAUUGUGUAUGCAAAAAAUGGCUAUUCUUGUAUUAAAAUGGUAGAUCUGCCACUCCAUCUGUGA